AUGGCGAAAACGUAUGCGCAGGAGGUAUCUUCAGCCCAAUUUCCUAUGGUCGGACCUGGCGACACAUGCCCGGAUGCAGGGAAACAGGUCGACAGGGACGCGGCAGAGCAGGGCAAGAACACGAGCCGGGAGCGCUGGAAGAGAGCAGGGUUCUUGGCUAGCCGGCUGCAAGAUGGGAACGCAAUGCUUCCCCAGCCCCGAGGACAGGGUGCCCACGUAGAAGCCACGAGGAAGCAUCUAGAGACUCAGCACUGGCUUGAGCUUACAGAUGGCAAACACCGCUACGGGUCCAAUUGGUUGAACUAUUUGGUCACGAUAGACAACAACGGCAAGUUCCGGUGGGCUAGGAACGGUCAGCUUGUGGAUACCACGGCAGGUCAAUGGAAAGACGCGGGAGAUGGGAAAGGCAUCGUGCCGUUCAGCUAUCGAACCGAGGGCGAGUCUACAAGACCCAGACAUAGCUUCAAUGUUCCUGCUUCCAGUACGAGGUCGGACUCUGGCGCAUCUUUAUCUGGAGACGAAGUCAACGCAAUGAUGCACUACGUGGGCCUCCAAAAGCAGUCUAAGAACCCUGUUAAGCGGUUACUACUACGGAACUUCACCUUGCGAGGCCUGGUAGACAAGCUCCUAAGGAAGACCAUCAAACGGAAUACGUGGAUAUAUGUGUCUGACAAAAACUUCAACAUAUUCAUCGGCAUCAAAGGACGGGGUGAUACAUACACUUUCACCGUUGUCAGGACAUUAUCGCACUUCCGGAAAUUCUUGUCGGUCCUCGAGGAGCGCGAUGUCGAUAUGAGCAAAGUGGAGAUCAGCAAAGCCGAGCUGGCACUAUGGGGGUAA